AGAAUACAAGAACUGUCAUACGUCAUGUUAUUGUGAACAGAAACUUCCGUGAAAAACAAAGGGGAUUAAAAAUUUUGUAUCAUGUAUAAUCAAAAUACAGCCUUAUUUUCUUUUAUAUUACAAUAGAAAGUUAUUUGACGGAUUUUUUUUUUAGAAAAUAUACAUUCAAAUUAUCUUUUUUGUCUUUAGUUCGCCCAGAUGGUAUUGAGUGACAGUACAACAGUUGUAUCGUGCGAGCUGUCGUAAUCCCAAUAAAUACAGACACAAUUUCGAGACAGAACUUCAGUGUCAGAGUGUUUUUGUUUCGAGAAAGGUUACGCAGCCUGGUAGCGCAGAGAAGCAUUAUUUGCUCUACGUUUUCUAAAAGUAAUAUUUUAUCGCUUACUUCGUUGGACAAGUGAAUGAUAUUUCGGAAAGUUGUGUUUUAUUACUUUUGUCUGUGUUUUCUAAGCUAAUAUUUUGCAACGAAAGCAAACAGCUUCUGACUGUUUCGGGGGUCAGUGCUUCUGUUCAGUUUGUGAAUUUCUUAUAAAUUUCGGCACAUUCUGCUCCGCUAUAUUGCAAUUCAAUCCCACCGGAUAUAAUCAUGGCUGAUAACGUAAACAAACGCAACAUCCCAAUCAAACUUGGCGACUUCAGCGUGAUCGAUACAGAGUUUUCCAGCAUCCGUGAACGAUUCGAUUCAGAGAUGAAAAAGAUGGAGGAAGAGAUGGCCCGAUUCCGAUCGGAUCUUAUGAAUCGCGAACCGAAUUUCUUCGAGACUACGUCCAGUUUCUCUUCCAAGAAGGUUGCUACAUCAACCAGCUCUACAACAUCUAAUGCUGCUACCUCAAUGAAGCUCCCACAAACUCAAAGCGGAUCAGACAUUAGCUCUCCCUUGAUUCAGGACGAUGGUGAUGGUAAAGUGCUGAAACUGCGUUUCGACGUGAGCCAGUAUGCACCAGAAGAAAUUGUCGUCAAAACGGUCGAUAACAAGUUGCUAGUACAUGCCGAACACGUGGAAAAAUCCGAUACCAAAUCAGUGUAUCGGGAAUACAACCGUGAAUUUAUGCUACCAAAAGGAUGUCUGCCCGAGAACAUUAAGUCGUCACUCAGCAAGGAUGGUGUGUUAACGGUGGAUGCACCUAUCCAACCCGAUGCCCUUCUCGGUGGCGAGACGAUGGUGCCAAUCGCACACAACUAACCGCCAAAAGGCCUUUUUAUCAUCAUCCACUAUUGACCGAUGUCCUUCCCAUUUUGUUUGUUGCAGCUCUUUUCGCUAUCUAUCGACUAACUAUGGCUAAUCAAAGCACUUACAUAUACGUAACCCUGUGAAAAAGUAGACAGGAAACAUUCGGGAUGAAAUGUUUGCGGGUAGUUUACUUUAAACGCUUCAAUAGCUUUUGUUUUCAUUGAUGUCUUGUAUUGAAUCACUGUCAAAACUUUGGAUGUUACUGAGGAGGAGAUUUGUAGAUCAACUCGAAAGUUUAAAGUAUCGCUACUCCCACACUUCCGUCUCAAUAAAUUGAAAUGAUUUUUGGUGCGGUUUUAUAUGGUAAAUAUAAAACAGAAAGUAAGGAAAAUUAAGCGCUUGUAUUGUUUUUUGACACGAUACCACCAUGCAUAUAGGAAAGGUAAAAACUUGAAUAUUAGCAAGUAUCUAAAGAAAAAGUGUCCUAGUGUACUGAACAACGAAUUGCUACCAUUGUGCUGAGCGUCAUGUACGCUUACGGACAAAGUGAAUGGAAUUUUAUUAUUAAUAAGGAAGAAACAAUACUAAUGAUGCAGCAAAAUUUGUGUAUGAAAAAUGUAUUUCGCUCCUUUCAUUUUUAACUUGAAAGUUGUUUGUUUCAGGUUUCUCCGGCAGAGCUGCUGUUACGACAAAAAAACAGUUUUGAGGCUUCUAUAUUACAUUUCAUAAAUUGCAUAGAUAAAUUGCUCGCUUGAAUAAACUUGUAAAUUGCUAUUAACACCACAGUUCAUUUGGUUAUUUGUAUUUCAUUCUUUUGUGUUGUAUGUUGAUAAUAAAAUAUAUAUUCAGCUUUUAA